CGAGCGCGGGGACAGCUCCUCCGCCCCGCACUCCUCCCCCGCCGCGCGGGGCCACCCGGCCCCCUCCCUCGGGCCGCCCCCGAGCACCAAGUUGGCGGGAGCCUAUAAAAGCCGGGGCCGGCGCGACCGCGGACACACGGUGCAGGCGCCCGACAGCCGCCGCUAGACCGGCGCCAACUCCUGCCCUGCCCGGACCAGCGCGCAACCAUGCCCCAUCACUGGGGAUACGGCCCGCACAACGGACCCGCGCACUGGCAUAAGGACUUCCCCGUUGCCAAUGGGGAGCGCCAGUCCCCUAUUGACAUCGACACCAAAGCGGCCGUUUACGACGCUGCCCUGAAGCCUCUGCAUCCUCACUACGAGCAAGCGAUUUCCCGGAGAAUUGUCAACAACGGUCACUCUUUCAAUGUGGAGUUUGACGACUCUCAGGACAAAGCAGCGCUGGAAGGAGGGCCCCUCACUGGCACUUACAGAUUGACCCAGUUUCACUUCCACUGGGGUUCCUCUGAUGCUCAAGGAUCUGAGCACACUGUGGAUAAAAAGAAAUAUGCUGCAGAGCUUCACUUCGUUCAUUGGAACACCAAAUACGGGGAUUUUGGAAAAGCUGUGAAACAUCCUGAUGGACUGGCUGUCGUGGGUGUUUUUUUGGAGAUUGGUGCUGUUAACCCACGCCUGCAGAAAGUCGUUGAUGCGCUGGCUUACAUUAAAACAAAGGGCAAGAGCGUGGACUUUGCUAACUUUGAUCCCCGUGGCCUCCUUCCCCAAAGCCUGGACUACUGGACCUACCCAGGCUCACUGACCACCCCUCCUCUUCUGGAAUGCGUGACCUGGGUUGUGCUCAAGGAACCCAUCAGCGUUAGCAGUGAGCAGAUGUCGAAAUUCCGUACUCUCAACUUCAAUGUGGAGGGCGAACCUGAAGAACGGAUGGUGGAUAACUGGCGCCCCACUCAGCCGCUGAAAAACAGACAAGUCAAAGCUUCCUUCAAAUAAGAGGGUCCCACAGCCGGGGUCCAAAGAGUGAAUGUUUGGGUUUUCCUUUAGCUAAGCACAAAUCUACCUUGGUGAAUUUGGACCCUGGCUGCUUUGUAUCUGGUUUUCAAGACCCUUCAUCUCUCACCUGACGUGCUUACUGAUAAAAUGUGAAGCGCCAGACCAAUUGUCAUGCUUGACAGAAUUGCAGUGACUGGUGCUUUUCUCCCCAUAGAAGGCUUUCUGUAACAGAGAAUAUUCUAUAAGGAACAGGAGGAAAGUACCCACACUGUGUCCACAGCACCUGGGGUGAUGAGAUUCACGAUUGUUCAUUAAAAGGCUCUUUUUAAAAUAUAGGAAAGCAGAAUGAGCGCACAUCCAGAUCACGAGAUAAACUGAGCUGUGUAAUGUAAAUCAGGUCAAAUAGAAAUGAUUCUAUGUAAUGUAAACCAGAUGAGGUAAAUGUUCACGAUUCCAAGAUGUUAUAUUAAAGAAAAAUUAUAAAAUUCUUAUAUAUUUGUAGCAGUUAUCUUAAAUAUGAAUUAUGUUGUAAUUUAGUGACUUUUGAAUUACAGAGAUAUAAAUGAAGUAUUACCUGUAAAACCUGUUAUAAUUAUAGUUGUGAUACAGAGUAUAUUUCGAUUCAAAUAAUAUAUCAUAACUUAAUAAAUAUCAUAUUUUAGAUAUAUUCUCUAAUAAAAUCCGGAAUUCUA